AUGGAUUUAUAAGCUCAAGAAACAUAAAAUCAAUAUUAAAACAUUAUAAAUGAAGUAAUAGGAAAAUUAAAGAAAAAUUCUGAUAAAGGAUAAUUAUAAAUGAGUGAAUCUGAGAUCCAAACUUUUAAAGAUGUAUUACAAUGAAUACUUUCUUAGCUAUGGUAAAAAUGUUUAAAAGCAAUAUAAGAUGGAAAUGAUAAUAGAUUUAAAUAAUAUGUCUAACCAUAAAUUAAAUAAUAAAUAGAUAACCUUAAAGAAUACGAACCUCCUAUAAUAAAAAAAAAUAAAACUAAUGUAGAUACUUAAAUCAUAAAAAAAGUUUUUAUAUUAACCAUCCUUUUAUCUUAGGAAGAAGAAGAUGAUUAUGAUAAAUUAGACCUUGCAUUUAGUGAUGAUUCAGGAGAAGAAACUAGUUCAAAAGAAUAGUAAGUAGAUAAUUAGAAAGUAUCUAUUUCUGUUAUAAUUAAUAGAAAUAUUUGGAUUAUCAAGAAAGUCUAAGAGAGAAAACUUUAUUCGAUAAAAUAAGAGAAUUAGAAUAAUAAAAGAAUCUAAUUAAAGUAGAAGAGGAAGAUGAAAAUGAAUCUGAAGAACCAAGAAUAUUUGAUACAUAAGUCUAUGCUUAAAAAAUUAAUACUGAAAAUGCAGUUAAUCGUAUAAGAGUAUUCUUAAAACUUAUUAUAGCCUAAUAAAUCUUAAAAAAUGAGUUUAGAAAAUGUUCUUAUAAAGGAAAAAAAUAAUAAAGAAGCCAUUUAUCCUUAAGCUCAAUUAUAAUUUAAUUUUAAAACUAGUAAGAAAAAAACCUCUUCAUGA